AAGGCGCCGUUGCUGUGCCGUGUUAGCAACAACUGGGCAGACUUCCCAGCCGAAACUCCCCGUUACACACACAUUACACAGCUCCACGGGUUCUGUCCACAGCUAGAGCUGAGCCAACAUGCCUCCGAAGAAACCCGCUCCGGCCACGGGAAAUAAAAAAACUCAAGAGAAGAAAAAGGAGAAGAUUAUUGAGGACAAGACAUUUGGCUUGAAGAACAAAAAAGGGGCCAAACAGCAGAAGUUCAUCAAGAACGUCACUCAGCAAGUCAAAUAUGGACAGCAAAGCGCCAGACAGGUUGCUCAGGCUGAAGCAGACAAGACGAAUAAGAAGGCUGACAAAAAGAAGGAGCUGGACGAGCUCAACGAGCUUUUUAAACCCGUAGUCGCUGCCCAGAAAGUCAGCAAAGGUGUCGAUCCAAAGUCGGUGCUGUGUGCGUUCUUUAAACAAGGCCACUGCGCUAAAGGAGACAAGUGCAAGUUCAGCCACGACUUGUCCAUGGAGAGGAAAUGUGAGAAGAGAAGCGUCUACGUGGACGAAAGAGAUGAAGACCUGGAGAAAGACACUAUGGAGAACUGGGACGAGAAGAAGCUGGAAGAGGUGGUCAACAAAAAACACGGAGAGGCUGAGAAGAAGAAAGCCAAAACAGCAAUCGUGUGUAAGUACUUCCUGGAGGCCAUAGAGAAUAAUAAGUACGGCUGGUUCUGGGUGUGUCCUGCGGGGGGCGACACCUGCAUCUACCGACACGCUCUGCCGCCAGGAUUCGUGCUGAAAAAGGACAAGAAGAAGGAGGAGAAGGAGGAGGAGAUCUCGCUGGAGGAGCUGAUAGAGAACGAGCGAUCGGCUUUGGGUGCAAACGUGACUCGGAUCACUCUGGAGACUUUCCUGGCCUGGAAGAAGAGGAAAAGGCAGGAAAAGGUGGACAAAGCGAGGGAGGAGAUGGAGAAGAAGAAGGCCGACUUCAAGGCUGGAAAGUCGCUAGUGGUGAGCGGCCGCGAGGUGUUCGAGUUCCGUCCGGAGCUGGUGGACGACGACGACGACGAGGCCGACGACACCCGAUACGCCAACGAAGAGGACGAGAGCGACGAAGAGGAGAUCAGUACGACAGAAAUCCAGGACAUAGACUUAUCCCGCUUUGUUCCACAAGAGGUCGACAACACGGGCAUCACCGUAGCAUCGAUGGACCGGUUCGCCUCCAGGGGCACGACGGAGACGACGGGAACGGACAACGACGAGCAGCUGAACGGAGCUUGCGGCGGCGCCGAGGCUAACGGGCUUUCGGGAGCCGAGGGCGGCAGCGAGGACGGCGGAGGGGAGGACGAAGAGGAGGAGGAGGAGGAGGUACCGGUGGAUGAAAACCUGUUCACGGGAGAAGACCUGGAGGAACUCGACGAGGAACUCAACACACUGGUGCUGGAAGACUGAGGAGGAGGUUAGGACGGACUAAGUGACAAAGGGACGGACUGACGGAUGCAUGGAGCUGCAAACACCAGAGACCAGACGUCUGAAUGAUUCAGAGACUCCAGUAACAAAGCCUGAUUACAUCACUUCCUGUCUGCCCCUCCGUUCUGUGUCGCCCCCUCAUCAUUCUGUACUUUAAAUUUCCGAGGCCGAUUAGAGGUUUAAAAUCCACAUGAAUGUUUCCAUUGACAGAAUCUGGCUGCUGUUGUUGUGCACUUUCUGUUGCUUGACAAACUCGCUGGCUUUUAUUGAAAUUUCUUCUAAAUAAAUUAGGCUUCCAGUGCUUCUCUACCGGAUUAAAUAUUGAAUAGACACCGUGAGGGAUCUAAAAUAAAGCACUCUACCUGUUGAGACAUUUCAAUGGAUUUAUUUUUAUUUUAAAGCGACGUUUUGAGCUGAAGUUGCUCAAAGUGGGGAAACAAACCGUGAUUCUGCUCUCAUGCCAAAAUUAAAGUUUGAAGAUGCACUUUGAUCUACUGGAGAUUGUUUUUUUCCUUCCGGCUGAUGUCAUGCAGCUGAGCUCAUCGCUAAACCCUAAAUUGUGGACGUUUCUCUGUGAGGGAACGGUCCAGACUCCUGAAACGUCGGCCCAAUCUCUGACACCAGAUUUGUGCCCAUUGCCAGCCCGGUAUUGUAAAUAAAAUGUUCUCAUGAGUUGCCUCCUAACAAAAUAAAAUCUCUGUACAUCCAG